AUACAGAGAUGUGCAAGAAGAAUAAAAUAUUAUGUGUACAAGUGACUGACCACCAUCUAUUUUUACCCCUAUGGAAAAAAGAAAAAAAAAAGAAAAAAAAAACAAAUUUCAUCCCUUACAAGCUUCCAAACAAAGAGAAUUAAUGGAAAGUGAGAUUCGCAGGUAGCUUAGUAUUAUUCUCCUUCUUGUCCCGUUUGAUGUUUUGUCCACCCUAAAAACAAAACAUAUAUAUAUAUAUAUAUAUAUAUAUAUAUAUAUAUAUAUAUUAUUACAAGAAAUUUUUCUUCUGCUGGUCAAUGGGUAUCUUCAUCUCCAUUAUUCCAAGAAAACAUGUUUUUUCUUCCCAAAAAUAUCACUAAAACAUAUCUCUCCUCUUUUUUUUCCCCAAUUUUUAGAGUAUGGCUUAUAUUAAAGAGAUCAGAGUGACUUUCGGCGACGUCUACUUCUUAUCAAUAUGACCAUGAUCAAUCCUUGUGAAAAUAUUUCUAGAGAGAAUUUAAUUCGAAGGAGUAGUGUUUAUGGUUUUGGUUUAGGUGAUUACGAGAGUAAUUUUAAUCUUAUGAGCCGAUUAGGUACAGAAGAAGAUGAUGAAUAUUAUGGGCAACGAGAUAAUUCAUAUGUUCUAGGAUCGGAUCUAGCACUUAUUGAAUUAAUGGCUGAGGAUGAAUCAAGAACCGGAAGUGUUAAUGAAACCGGCUCGAGUUCCAAAGAUAACAACAACAACAAAAAGGAAAAGGAGGAGGACGAGGAGGAGGAGGAGGAAAAAGGAUGGCUUCAGUUGAGUAUUGGUAUGCCCACCAAUAAUAAGCCAGAAGGGAAUUCUAGCAGAUUAGUGGAACUUGAUCUAUUACCAACAGUUAGUUCCGAACAAGGGAAAUCAACACUACAUAUACAUGAAUUUCGAGCACCACCACCUCGGAGACAGCAACAACAGUUUCUGACGACUAGUCCUACAUCGUCGUCGUCUUUGUUUUUACAACAAUAUCCAAGGGCGGCUCAAGGGAAUAGUUCUACGACGAUGUUUCCACAACAACAAGAGAUUAUUAACUGGGGUUUUAGACCUAUGACCGCGCCAAUUCAACAGAAUAUGAAUCUGUCUCUAGUGUCAUCCGGUUCACAUUUUGGUCCUGGACCAUUCCCAGUACUAGGAGGGGUUCCAGGACCAAGUUCCAUAGAUUUACGGGUCGUUCAUCCUCCUCGAAGACCACAUUCUGGGUUAUGGUUUUCGCUACAAACAUCCUCAAAUCAAACAAAAGAACCCUUUUUGCCACAAAUAUCCAAGAACUACAUUAGGAUCAAAGAUGGGAGGAUGACAAUACGACUAGUCUUGAAGUAUUUGGUCAAUAAGCUACAAUUGGAAAAUGAAUCAGAGAUAGAGAUAACAUGUAGAGGCCAACAACUCCAGCCAUUCUUGACAUUGCAACAUGUUAGAGAUCAUAUAUGGAGUUCUACUACUAAUGCUGCUGACAAUAUCCUCACUUUGCUUCCUUCAGAAACUUCUAAUCAUGUCAUGGUUCUACAUUAUGCUAGAACAAGUGCUCCUCAAAAUUAACAGCCAGAAAUACCUCGACUUUUUUAUAACAGGUUCGAGUCAGAGUCAAAUAGUAAUGACUCAAAACAUUUCUUUUUACACUAUUUUCAGAAAUUCGAGGACUCUAUCUAUGGAUAUGUAAAUUACAGGAUUUUCAAUCCUAGCAGAAAGGAGAGAGAAAUGUGAAAGUCAAACAGGACUUCUAUUACAAAAUGAACUCUACCUCGAGAAAGCUGAUGACGAGAAUUUCUAAUCGUCAAAAAAAGUACUUAAUUAUUUCAUUUUUUUAUCAUGGUAUUAUUGUUAAACUAUUGUUACUCCAUCCACUUUUUUUUUUCUCUUCCUUA